AAUAUAUAUUUUAGUUUUUCUCUAAAAGAACAAAGCAAAGGCAAUAAACACAAAAUUAUGAAAACUCAUAGUCCGAUUAUAUUUUCCUACUGUACUCGAUGAAUAACCAGGGUAGUUUUGAGCGCGCCUUAUACCAGCCAGCGUGAACGCGCAGCUCCUUCACAACGGCGGAGUUGAGCUCAGAGGAAGGAAUAGUUUUGCUGCAAGGAGGGCAGAGCCGUGAGGAGUGAAUGGAUCAGUGCACUAAUGCAGGAAAAACUCUUCGUGGAAACCCUUCUAUCUCCGUGAGAGAAGCACUACGUCCCGUUAUGUUCUACUGUGGAGGCUAGAGCGUUUUGCCAAGAGAAGGGAAAAAGCAGCGGACUUCGAGUCGGGACACUCCUUCGUUUGAGUUGCCUGUAACGUUAGCUCGUCCGGGGACUGUUUCCAAUCUCCUUUGAGCCUAGCAUCGGAGAAGGAGGGUUCAGCCAAGCAGGACAACUGUCGGCAAGAUGCAGGGGGUUUCGGCAACAACUGACCUCUCUCCCUCCUCUCUACAGUACCAGUGUGGAUCGGUGGACUUCCUGUGUUCCCCACGGCUGGGAAAGAAAGCCCCGCCCCCUCCCAGACCAUGUCACGGCCGGCCUGCAGUCAAGCCCCACCCCCAGCCCACCGCCACACCCACCUCUCAGAAACCUCAAGUGCCGCCUAAGCCCCCGCACCUGCUGGCCCUCGGACAGGACAAGAAGCCCAAGAGGAUCCCCCCGGCCCCCUCCAGGCCGCUGCCUGCUCCCCCAACUUCGCCCAAACCGCGUCCCAGCCAGACCCCCCCUGGCCUGGCCACACUGCCUCAAAGAGAAGCCCAGAACGUGGGGCUACUCAUCGAAAGGUUUGAGAAGUCCAGGAUUCCGAUUCUUGGCGUCCCCCCGAAGAAUCAGCUCCACCUGUGCCUGAGUAUGAACGCCAUGUCUGAGACCACACCCCCCUCUGCCCCUGACCCCACAGCACACUCCCCUUCAGGGUCAGCAGGAGCAAAGGACUCUGGGGAACGCUCCCCUGCCGACAAACUUGCACAUAUCGUCUCGGAGCGGAUUGAUGAGGUCACAGAGCUGAUAGAACUAUCACGCCUGGCCUCACUCCGCAUCGACGGCCACGAGGACAUUCCUCUGGACUCAAUGGAGGACCACCUCGACAUCGCCCAUGGCGAUAGAGUUGGUUCCCUUGACGAUGUGGAGCGGGAGGAGAGAGGCUCUUCCCAUGAGCUCCAGGACAAUCCGGACUCUCUCUCCUCAGAGCAGAACUUAAAUGGGAAGAUUCCCAACAGGGACAGCGGGAUUGACAGCCCAUCGUGUACGGUGGAGGGGGAGGUGUUCCCCAACGAGGACGCCAUCGACGAGGAAGAGCGCUAUGACAGCGUCACGGAGACGGAGACCAGCGUGUCCUGCUGCAUAACCCUGGACAACAAGCGUGACUCCACGCAGGACGAGGACAGUGACCUGGAUGAGGUCAGCAGUGGGGAGAUGGAGGGAGGAGAGAAGACAGACACACACAGGUGCUCUGAGACCCAGAGGUUACUGAACAUCGCCAGAGAGCUCCUUCACACUGAGGAGGCCUACGUCAAGAGACUCAACCUCCUGGACCAGGUAUUUUGCACUAAGCUGACAGAAGCUGGAAUCCCUCAGGAGGUGAUAACAGGGAUCUUCUCCAACAUCUCCUCCAUCUACUGCUUCCACCACAAGUUUCUGCUCCCUGAGCUCAAGACACGUAUCACUGGAGAAUGGGACUCAAACCCGCGUAUAGGAGAUAUCCUCCAGAAGCUGGCUCCCUUUAUGAAGAUGUACGGAGAGUACGUGAAGAACUUUGACCGUGCUAUGGACCUGGUCAACACCUGGAGCCAACGCUCAUCACAGUUCAAGAGUGUGGUCCAGAAUAUACAAAAGCAGGAUGUGUGUGGGAACCUGACUCUCCAGCACCACAUGUUGGAGCCUGUUCAGAGGAUCCCUCGCUAUGAACUCUUGCUCAAGGACUAUCUGAAGAAACUGCCUGAUGAUGCACUGGACAGGAAGGACACGGAGAAGGCAUUGGAGCUCAUAUCCACAGCAGCCAACCACUCCAAUGCUGCCAUCAGGAAAAUGGAGAAGAUGAACAAACUGCUGGAGGUCUAUGAGAGACUGGGGGGAGAGGAGGACAUUGUGAACCCAGCCAACGAACUCAUCAAGGAGGGACACAUCAAGAAGAUGUCUGCCAAGAAUGGGACGGCCCAGGACCGAUACCUCUAUCUGUUUAAUAACAUGGUGCUGUACUGCGUUCCCAAGCUGAGGUUGAUGGGUCAGAAGUUCAGUGUGAGAGAGAGGAUCGACAUCGCUGGGAUGGAGAUCAGGAAGGAGGUUCAGGAGAAUGUGAAGCAGAACCUCCCUCUCACUUUUGCCAUCAUCGGCAAGCAGCGCUCACUAGAGCUGCAGGCCAGCACGGCAGAGGAAAAGGAAGACUGGAUACAGGUGAUCCUGGCCACCAUAGAGAGACACAAGCAGAACAGUGAGACCUUUAACAAAGCCUUCAACAGCUCCUUCUCCAGGGAGGAAGACCACCUGCCAGACUCACCGGGUCCCUGGAGCACCACAUCCAUAGACUCAGACAGUGAAAGACUGCAUGAAAGGAAAAGUUCCAAGAAGAAGGAGAAGGAGAAGCAGACAUGUAAAGGCUGCAACGAAAGCUUCAACUUCACCAAGCGCAAACACCACUGCAAAGCAUGUGGAGCGGCCAUCUGUGGUAAAUGCUCUAAGAUGUUGGAGAACAAGACGUGUCGACUGUGUCCUGAAUGCUUUGUGACGAGCCAAGUCCCUGAAGGGCCUGCAGGGGCCCCAGGAGAGCUGAAGAGGAAAGCUACAGCCGAGAAGCAGGUGUCUCCGUCUCUAUUGGGGGACAACUGUCUGCAGUGUGGCAAGCUGCAGGUGCAGGAGAAGGGCAAGAGCUGGACAAGACCUGGGUUGCCGUCACCAAGACUGAACCUCUAGUGCUGUCCUGCAGACCAGCGGACAGGACUCCCGUGGGGUACGAGCCAUACCCCUCCCAGGGUUUGAGGUGAACAUGGCAGCGCCAUCGGCAACAGAGAAGUCAGAGCUCAAACACGCGUUCCGGCUGAGUAACUCCCAGCAGGCUCUGCUGUUCAGCGCCCAGGAUGCAGAGGUCCAGGACCAGUGGGUGGAGCUUCUCUCUAGAGCCGCCCGCGGGGAAACAACCACAGUCACGCCUGUCAGCCUGACGGAUCACAGGAAGAGCCAAUAGGGAGGCUCCGUUGAGGCCACAGGACCCUCCCCCUCCUUCCCACCUCUCGCCCCCUCUCCUGUGGACAGAGCACACAUUACUUGAAUUCACUUUACCUUGGCACUUUUUAUUUUGUUUUGUUUUCUUUGAAGGGAAGGAAGAAUCCUCUCCUCUGCUGCCCUUGCCCCCACAUGACACACACACAUUCACACACAGACUCGCUCUUUCCCUGGCUCUCUCUAUCUCUCUCGCAUACACACACACA